GCAAUGAAUUUAUGGACUUUACUGAUGAUGAUGACGUCGAGAAAGUUAACAAAAAGUCAAACAAAAGUGCCCUUAGAGAAUCUAAUAGAUCAACAGUCUUAAAAGUUACAGAGGGGAAAAAAGCUCAAAAAAAAGAAAAAGAAACAACAUCAAGAAAAAUCAAAAAUAUGUUUAUGCUUAUGCUUAUGCUUAUGAAGAAAAAGGAUGAUGACUCU